UAGCUGACACCCUUUGAGACUCACAUUGCAAGUUGCGAUGCGGGCGAAGAACAAUAAUAAAUUGAGUCCUCCUAACCACACCUACCGAUGCUAGUAGACCCGAGGAAAUGAGCAGCAACAAUAAUAGAGCGUGGGAGGGGUGAAACAUGACCCUGUCGGUGGUUAUGGAUUCUCUUCUUCAUCCCUUAAAUCCUCGCAUGUCUUCUUCCAUCACCUCUCCUGCUCUCCUUUGCCUCAUCCGUUGUUCACAUGCUGCUCCUCCGCCUGCCGCCUGCCGCAUUCCGAUAUUACGACUUCCUCUAACGCCAUCUCUAUUCCGCACCACUUUCUUAGCCAUAAUAUUCACCGUCCUCGUUCCUCGACUCAUCGACACUGUCUACUUUGUUUCCAACUGCUACCUUUGUCGUAGAUCCAACUUGCUCUUCUUCUCGUUCGUCGUGUGUAAGACAUCCUCCCGUAGGCCUGUGAGUUACAUCACCCGACGCUACUCUCCCCGACACAAGUUAAUGGAAGUCAGAGGACAGGAGCUGCAGGAGCAGGAGAAGAUCUACAAUCCGACACCUCUCCAGCAAUCCGCUGCCUUCACCAUGCCGUUACCCUCUUCCACCUUGCUUCACUAUGCCACCGAAGCAAGAGGUGGAACAGGUGAUGACAGAAAUGGGAUGGCGUCUCUGAUCCACAAUCCCACUCCCACUUCAGCUCCUGCCCUGGCGAGUGCUUUGGGUAGCGGUGGUCGAUCCAAUUCCACCACCACCACCACCGCCGCCGCCGCCCUUCUUCCUGCCACCGACACUGACGCGGCACUCCGGUACCGGGAGUGUCUCCGGAACCAUGCUGCCAGCCUAGGUGGGCACAUCCUCGAUGGCUGCUGCGAGUUCAUGCCACGCAGCGACGACGCACUCAAGUGCGCCGCCUGUGGUUGCCACCGAAGCUUCCACCGCAGAGACACCGACAUGAAUUCUCCCCUCCGCGACCUUCAGAACGGCACCCACGGUAGAGUGCCUCUCCUGCUUCCUCCACACCACCUCUCUCUACCUUCGACCGGCCACGAUCACAACCUGAAGCUUUUCGGCUCCGCCGGCAUUCUGCUUCAUACCGGUGCAAGCGUGGGCGCGGCGACGGAGUCGUCGACCGAGGAGCUUAUGCUAGGCGCUGUGCCGCAGCAGCGGUUCACGGUGUCUAAGAAGAGGUUCAGGACAAAGUUCACGGCCGAACAGAAGGAGAGGAUGAUGGCCUUCGCCGAGAAGGUCGGGUGGAGAAUGCAGAAGCAGCAUGAGGCUGCGGUAGAGCAAUUUUGCGGCGAGGUUGGUGUUAGUAGGCAAGUGCUAAAGGUGUGGAUGCACAACAACAAGAACGCCCUAAGGAAGCAACAGCAGCAGGAGGAAGAGGAAGAGGAGGAGGAGGAGGAGGAGGAGGUGGAGGAGCAGCAGCAGCACCACCACGAAAUGCCAGAAGCUUGAGGAAAAACAACACGGACAAAAAAGACAGCAUUCUACUUAGUUAAUCGACUCACAUCCGUCUCUUUUUCUUUUUCUGUCUUUCCUUAACGUGGUGACAUAAUAUGUACUGUUACAUGCUCGUUUACCGGUAGGCAGAUCCAUAUAUGUUCCUCAGCAGAGAGCUUAGUCUCAAGAAAUGGUAAUUAUUAUA